GUGUGCCGGAACGUACACGAGCUGUGUGCGAUGAAAUACUCGGAUCCGUCGCAGUUCUGGGAGUUCAUACAGUCCGAGACCGCUCUGAAGUGCGCCAACUCUGCUCAGAUCGACUGGGUCAACAGCGCACCGGAAGGCGUUUUGCUUCUGCAAGACAGUGUGAAAGCCACUGAGGAGCUGGGCAUCCAGUGAGCCAUUCGACUUUCCCUCACGGGUUGUCCUGAUGAAUGCAAAUCACAGAAAAAGCUGCACCAUUCUCAUCAAUGGAAAGCAAGUCUGCAUCCAUGACGGCACGUGGAAGCAGUGCGAGGUAAGAGAGUUGCACUGAACGUGUCCAACCCUAUGAUUGACGGGCUGCCGCAGAACGGUCACAAUGUGCACGACUUCGUACGGCAGAUCAACCACGAGUACAACAGGCUCAACGGGGAUAGCAAUGUCGACGAGUACGAGUUUUGAAGAAGCCGCUCUGGACCUGCAUGAGUGUGACGAUGGAUCCACAUGUAUUCUUCUACAGUUCAAUGACCGAGAAUCAGCUCGUAUAUGAUGAUAAUGAGGUUCACCCCGAUCAAGGGUA